AUGGAGAAGACGCAAAUCUGUGCAAAUCUAAACCGUCUCCCUGGUGACUCACAAAGACGAUUAUCAUACACGAGAAUGGUAAUGUUGUUGGUGGGAAUCGAAAUAUUGGUGAGUAUAGUGGUCACAUUGUCCGUGUCAGCACUAUCAAACUAUAUACAGGAUAUACUCAAAUGCAUCAAAAUAUUAACAAUUAUAUCUGUAGUGAUAGCUGAUAUGUCAGCUUUACUACUUCUCGCUGUUCCGAAAAUCAGACUUCUACUACCACUUAACUUGAUCAUUCUCAUUGUAUACACAAUAUCCGCGUCUUUCAUGGCAGGAUUACCGUUUGCCUGUAUGAGUAUCCCCUGGGAGUUAGCAAGUUGGGGAACGACGUUGCUGUUAUUCUUCUCUACUGUGGUAGGUGGGGCAUUUAUUCGGGUGAAUUUGAUGGGUUACUGGCUCUCAAUAUUUUUAUUCCUCGUUUUUGAGUUCAUUGCGGUAUUAGUCACUACCAUUGUUUUAUAUACCUUAGUGGAAUUUGAAAUAGCAAUGACUGUAUUUGGAGGCGGAAUGGCUGUAAUGAUGAUCAUUCUAGCUAUCAUCUCUGGUCAAAUGACAUUUGGUCGACCUGGACUACGGACAAUAGAUCCAGACUACUGUUUAGCAUCACUUAUCUUACACGCUAUUUUACUUUUGUUGUUUGUGGUCAGUUCUGUGGAAUUCUAUUUCACUUUAGGCGCAGAUCCUUCAAAGUGCACAAACAACAUCAGUGGUUUUUUUCAUUUUGUCAACACUAGAUUUGUAUGUCAUUCCGUCAUUGAAUGGUUGACUGUAGUCAGGUAUUUAUUUUAA